CCAUCGAAACUCCUCGUGUAGUAGAAGCUGAACUCGAUUGUUCCAGAGACUCGACGCUUUACUUUUUUCACACAGUUUUUCUUAUCAAAUCUCUUCGAUACUUCAGAUUCAGUCUUAUUCCUAACGCGUUUACACUUUCGUUAAUAUAUCGUCCACUCGUUUCUUAUAUUACUAUGGCCACAGAACACAUAACACCUCCCCCUGCCAUGUGGGCACAGAGGAAAAACCUUGUGUCGUUGACUAUAAAUGUGGAGGACUGCAAGAAUCCCGUCAUCACCCUUGAACCGACAAAACUUUACUUCAAAGGAACAGGAGGCCCAGACAAAAAGACUUAUGAAGUCACAAUUGAUUUAUUCAAUGAAAUUGACACAGAGGAGUCAAAGUACUUUGUAAGAGAGCGCAGCAUAGAAUUUUUCCUGCGAAAGAAAGAAGAGGGACCUUACUGGCCAACCAUCUUCAAGGACAAAAAGAAAGUGCACUGGCUCAAAAUCGAUUUUAAUAGAUGGCGCGAUGAGGACGAUAGCGAGCCAGAAGAAAAUGGAGGCGAAGAAUCCCAGGACCUCGACGAGAUGAUGCGUCGCAUGGGCGGGUUGAAUGGCGCAGGUGGUGGUCAAAUGGAUUUGAACGAUCUUGGUGGCAGUGAAGACGACGAAGACGAUGACGAAGAUUUACCAGCAUUGGAAUAGGACAAAUUAAAGGAACGUGUAUGGUCCCUAUUUUGUUCAUCCAUUCGGUUCUUAUAAUAAUUUUUUUUCUUUGCUUUUGUUUAUUGCCCCGUAAGUUGUUUCAUUUAUCCUUCGCCCUCAACUUGCAAAUUUUCUUGAAAAAUUGGAAGUGAAAUAAAAAGCGUGGUGUUAACCAUCCCGCAGAAGCCAUUUCCAAAAACAAAGAAUCAACAAUAAGCAAAAACAGCGGCGAUUUAUUCAAGUAUUUGUACACCAGUCUUGCAUCUCGUCAUGUUCUCGUGUGAGCCGUUUCCAAUACAAAAAAAGAAAGAAAAAAGGAAA